CACCCGCUCGCAGCGCGAUCUACUGGCGAGUGGCCGAAACGAAAGGAAAGUCGACUCGUGCAUAUCGUACGAGACUACUUCAAAAGCAUGGGGCUUAUGUAGGAGACUGGUGUAUAGCUCUGGUGGCUCGGGAAAUAACGACAGGCAGAUGUUUGUUGCGUGAGUCGCCAGGGGGCAGGCUGAAAUUGACAACCGCAUGGAGUAGUUGAUAACUCCGCCGCUAGAGGUCAGAGGCAGUACAUUCAAAUACUCGUGUCCAGACCUUGAGACAGGCCAUCGCUGGCCGGGGUUGAGCACCGGUCAAUGCUCUGGGCGGUGACUCGUGGACCACAGGGUAGGGGGAAUGCUGGCUAGUGAGACAUGUCUUACCCAGAGCACCUGUGCGUGCUCGGGAGAACAGAGCAUGACAGUAGGUGCUCACCUCAGGAGAGCUCUGAGACACUCGGGGCCCUGGGGAGAUGCAGCCACAAGCAGUCCUGAUCGCGGGGACCGGCCGUGUUUCAGUGACCAGGCGUGCGCCGAAGCCAGGAUAAGACGAGCCUGAAUGCUGGCCUCGCAGAGGGUUGGCAAAAAUCAGAUGCGGCGCUGGGAACGAAUUGGGGAACUAGCCUGACACAGAUUAAGUGGGAGUGUGCUGUGCGUGGAAAAAUUUUAAGUCUUAGCUACAAAAUUACUGCUAAAAUAAUAAUUAAAAAAUUCAAAUUUACAAUUGUGCCCAAAAAUGCUCAUCAUUGGCACAAAUGAUUACGAAGAAUGUAAAAGUGCAUUUGCUAAAAAUACUAUCCUAUAUCACGAUAAUAAUUCAAAAUUUAAAACCAACUUAGAAAUUAACAACUUCAUGAGAAAUGAAAAAAAUAUUUACACCAAAUUCUUGUCGUCUCCAUGAAAAUGAGAACAAUGGAGAACGACCUGAAGCUGAGAAGGACGAAUACUGUGAUAAAACAUCUGAAGCUGACAUGAUUGAAGAUUAUGAUGACACUUCUGAGGCUGAUAUGAUCGAGGACUGUGAUGACGUACCUGAAGAUCACAAGUUCGAAGACUGUGAUGAAGCAAUGAGAUCAAAAUGUUAGAAACAAGUUGUUAAAAUAAAUUAUUCUGACCUGUUACUGCCCUCGUGUAGUUAAUGAAAGGCAUAUGUUUUCCAUGAGUUUUCCAUACCAGAGGUCCAACCUGUCAUGGUUCCAAUGUAUUUUGUAUAAAAAUUUUAAAUUUUAUCUGUCCAUAUGUGUCACAACAACAUUGUUAGGUAAAUGAACAUUGACCUGACAUUCAUGAAACAGACGAAACUGGCACACUCUAUGGCAUAAGUGCUUGUUUUAAUUAAAAUUGUAUUUAAAUUAUUUUUAUCAAGUUAAUUUUUUUCCGAAUUUCAAGAUGGCGGAUGUGACAUAAAUUCAAAAUUGUGGACUGUUUUUUUAAUAAAAUUAUUAUCAAUUUUAAUAUUUUCGCUGUUUUUCUGAUAAUAAUUGCGUAUUUUUAAGAUAGUGGGCGUAACGAUGAUUGCAACGAUUACGUCAUAAUUCAAAACGGUGCUCUCCAGCAGACAAUACUGCGGACAUGACCUUGGCGGCUAGUUGACGAGGAAUUUAAGCCGCUUGGUGAAUUUUUUUUGUAAAGGCAAGCAUAUUUUGAGGUUUUUCGAAUUACAAAUUUAUGAAUUUUCACUUUUUUUUCCUCUCGAAAAUUGAAUUUUUGUUUUUCCAAACUUUUUUUUGUUUUACCUAAUUUUUUCCUUAAAACUGGAAUUUUUUGCCAAUUUUUAGUCAGUUUUUGACAAUUUUUGGCCAAUGUUGUAGGUGAAGACCUAAGUUCAAGGUCAGGGUAAUCCAAUAAGGCCAUCGUGACGUCAAAAUCCAAGAUGGCGGACCGGCUCCUCGCUCCUCGCACCAGCACUAGGCGCCUCUACUAGUAGGCUACUCCACACAGUUACAAAGUUUAUAAAAUGUGUUGAUGUUUUGUACAACAAAACAUGUGAGCUCUUGUCUACAGGUGAACCUAAACUAAAUUUAUCAUAAAAAAGGGGGCUUGUCUGUAAAGUCGGUUUACGCACGAUAAUUUUACUUGAUAACGUCAUAAGAAAGCAUUGAUGAAAAAUUGCAUACUUAUUAAUUUUCAAAUAUUAUUUACAUUUAUUUUGCAAAUUUGAUUUAAAUAAUUUGUUUAAAUAUAAUCACGAACAAUUAAUCAAAAAGCCCGCCUUAACCUGUUUGACAUAGAAGAUUUUCUCGCACGAUGGUUGGCCGGUUCUUGCACGCUCGGCUCGGGCGGAACGUGACAAUGAGUCAUGCUUUUUCGUGCGUGCAGCCAGCGUUCAUCGAUUUAUAAGACGUUAUAACGUCAAAAAUUGUGCUAAUUUAUUUCAACGUUCAUAAUUGUUGUUGCCAUGAAAUGUGGCUGCGCAGUGGCAGCUCUGGAGACUCCCACCGCCUGGAGAUAGGCUUCCUGUCCUGGCCCAUGCUGCGCUACAAGCGGGAGGUGCUGUUCGGCUGGGUGGACCUGUUGGUGUCGUUCGGGGGCAUCGCCGGCCUGUUCCUGGGGUUCAGCCUGUUGAGCGGCGUGGAGCUACUGUACUACUUCUCUGUGCGCGCGCUCUGCAUGGUGUACAGAGACGCCCCGCAGCUGCGCCUGCUGCUGGCGGACAGCGAGCAAGCCCCCAGCCAGCCGCUAGACCUGGGCCUCAAGCCCUACUUCCUGCGCGGCGCAGUGGCGCCUGCCGGCCAGCGCCCGGCCUGCCAGCGGCUAUACGUGCCCUGACGUUACCUUAUCCACGCCUCCAGCCAUGCUUCUGGGAGCUUGUAGCUUCUGUUCCUUACCAACACCCACUAUUAGCUGCAGCAAUGGGAUUGUUUUUAUUACAAGACCAUACUUAUCCCUAAGACACGGCAAGUCCUUGGGCAUGAGUUCGGUUGUCUUGUGCUAAACACAAUUCGGCGAUGUUUCCUUUGAAGUCCCUAGUUUCCUGAAUAAGAAACUUAGCACGUAAUAGGAAUGGCGACUCUAACUCAGAACUAACAGGAACCACGCCGUGGUUUCAGUUCUCCCACUCUGGGUUGUCUCCGUUCAGGACACCGGGUGUUCCGUCUGUCUGCUUACAUUAACUUCCCACAUGCACAAUAGUUAAAUGAUGUAUCACAAUCCAAAUCCUCUUAAUGUGAGUAAAACAUGUUAUCAUUUAGUGUUUUUUUUAGUGAUGGUGUUGUAUUAAUGGCAAUUGUUUUGUAAUUUACUUUGUGAUUUUAGGUUGGAUGAAAUUGUGAGUCACUAAAAUAACAGUUCUAUUGCAGAUACUUUUUUCUUAAAACCAUACACUUUGGUAUUCACCGCAACUCAUUCAUGCAUGUUGAAGUUGUUUUCAGAAUUAUAUUUCUAAAGUAUGUAUAUUUACCGAAACUUUUCGCAUACAACAUUAAAGCAGUGGUAUUUUCUAAUA